AUGGUGUCGGAUCUUCAAAAUAUUUUAUUAGUUAAAUGUGAUGUAUUUGGACUUUUGGAGGAAGCUUGGAAGAGGAAGAAGUUUGUCAAUCACAGAUCGCUUUCGAGAUAUGAUAUCAAGCUUCUAAUUUCCAUUUUCUCUUCUCUUAUUCAGCUAUACUUUGGAAUGGCAGGAUUGCAAAGAAUAGGUUGUACAGAAAGCCAUGAUGAUACAGUUUGCAAUAAGAAAAGGUGUAAUGAGAGAAAAAAUUUGUGGAAACAUGGAACAAAGAACAGACGACAAUAUCUAACAGAGACGCAGAGCAACAAAAAAAAAGAUGAAAACAAAGCAAGGAGGAACACGGAACGUGCUAUUCUUGAGUUGUUGGUCAAUAAUGAAUCAGUUGAUCAUCCAUUAUUUGUCGUCAGCCUUGAGAAAGAGCACAAAGUUAUGAAGAUUUGGCAGGUGAGUUGUCACAAAUGGGAUCUGGAAGAUGAUUCAUGUACGUACUUUGGACAUAUAAAGGAACGGGGUAAAAGAUGCUUUUAUUGUCAGGUGUAUGAAUGA